CAUUUGAUUAAAUCUUACCGUUCAACUGUGUUAUUUUAAAUUGACAACGUCUGCGAGCAGUUUCCACGGUGAUGCACUGAUGAAUACACAGCUUUACGCGGACACAUAUAUGCUUAAAAACUCUUUUAAUGACGACCCACCAAAAUGAACAAAAAAAUUCUGCUGAUAAUGAAGGUAUACGCUUUCCACACAAUAAAUGUUUGCUUUGCCCCCGAAAAGUUUGCUACAGUAUAAUAUUUUACAUUUUUUCCCCGUUGUGACCGACCGUCCGAUAUUUUUGUAUCAAACAUUCCCAGGUUAUUUACCCCCCCCCCUCCCAAAUCGGAGGGGCAAGGAAGGCCCCAACGAACGCGCGCGGAACCACUUCAAUGGUUCCGGUGGGGGUCAAGGUACCGCCCCCUGGUUGUCAAUCAGCCGCACCGACCCGCCUCCACCGCCUGGCCAUGGGGGCGUAGCACCGCCCUCCCGUGCCCGGGCCAUCAAUCAAAGGCUGCGCCACGCCCCUUCCUCUGUCAAUCAGGCGGGGCACCCGGCUUCGCAGCGGUUGUUGGAAAGCGAGGGUAUCGGAUCCGAGUGGAACCGCCGAUAUCUGGAGCUGGGUGGUGGUGUUCUUUGCAGCCGUGGCGCAGUUUGUGUGCACUAUCAUAAAAAAAUGGAUGCUGGCAGUGUUACAGAAUCUACCAAAUGUCUUCCUAAAGAAAGUGCCCAAAAUAACAGUAGUAGUCGGUCAACUGUGGUCAUGGAUAUUUCAUUCGAUUCUGCAGAGCCUUGUUCAGAAAAGGCUCAAAAUUCCACUACUGAUGAAGGAAGUUCUCUUAAGCCACCCCCUGUUAAUGAACAAGUCACAGUAAAACUGAAUACAGAUGGAGGCAAUGAGGUGUGGAUUAAACCAAAAAACUUCAGUGAAGGAAAUGGUGAAAGAAGAGAACUCGGGGCAUUUUAUAAUGACUCUCCUUUAGGGAAAGGACUCACUGGUCCUUCGUUAUACAGACUGAAUGAUCCUUGCAGACCAGAUGAAGAAGGAAGUGCUAUGGAUUAUAUGUUAGAAUCAGUGGAAACUACAUCCAACAAAGGGUCAACUGAUAUGAAAGAGAUCUCUGAGAAUGACCAUGCUCUGCUUUCUUCUGAAAACCAACCUGAGCACAUGGACACAUUAGUGAAGGUAGAUGGCCCAGAAGCACCUGAAACAGAAAGGCCUAUGGACAAUGCAGUCGUUAAAGGCAAUGCAGAAAUGGAGUCUAAUUUGGAAGGGAAUGAUGACAUGGUUGAUGAUGGUCAACAUCCUCCCUCUGAUGAUAAAGAGGGCAGAUCACUAUUGCCUCAGGGUGAAGAUGUGACUGAACCUACUCGUGUCAAGUCUGAGGAACCCAAGACCACAGAAGUAAUUCCUGAAGUGGCUGAUGCACAAGAUAAUACUUUGGAAGGGAAACAAAAAUCUGGAAAAGAAACUAACACUUGUAAGUCUAGAUCUAAACGAUCUUCCAGUGCAGGAUCUUCGACAAUGAUUGAAGUUAAAGUGGGAAAAACAUCUUCAUGCGAAACUGAAUCUGCAAGUGAAGAUGUUGCGAAAGCUGAAAAGGAUACGGAAAGUAAGGAAAAAGUCCAAAAGCCCUUGAAAACGGAAAAUUGUUCAUCCUCUAGGAAAACAAGUGCAAAGGAUAACUCCACCAUGACAAAUAAUAUAAAGCAGGAAGACGACUAUGUUUCACGACGGCCAAGACGCACCACGAGGUUAUCACUACAAGUAGCUCAGGCUCAAGCUGAAGCCCAGGCUCCAUCUACUCGGCCUCAAAGGUCUUCACGAUCCCUGGUUAAAGUAACGUGUGCUAAUUGCAAAAAGCCCCUGCAAAAGGGGCAAACUGCAUACCAGAGAAAAGGAGCACCUCAGCUCUUCUGCUCUUCUUCAUGCCUCACAGCCUUUUCUCAGAAACCAUCAUCUCCCAAGAUCUGCACAUUCUGUAACAAAGAUAUUGUGAAUACAAAGGAAUUGGUUGUGUCACAAGCCGGGUCAAGUCAGGCUUUCCAGGAAUUCUGCAAUGCUACAUGUCUGUCACUUUAUGAGGCCAAACUGCUUAAGCCAGCUUCAUCAGAUGAGUCAAGAUGCAGUAUCUGCAAUAAAAAAGGAAAGAUUCUACAUGAAGUCAGUAAUGGAAAUGUGGUACAUCGGCUGUGCAGCAAUGCAUGUUUCAGCAAGUUCAGAGCAAGUAAUGGCUUGAAAACAAACUGUUGUGAUAACUGUGGAGUUUACUUUUAUAACCGAGGAUUUAUGCUUCAGUACCUAUAUCAUGAAGGCCAACAAAGGAGGUUCUGCAACACAGGCUGUUUGAAUAUGUAUAAAAAGAAAAACACUAAAGUACUUCCUUGUGCUUGGUGCAAGACUUUGGGUAAGAACUUCGAUAUGAUAGCAAAUGUGGAUACCACUGGGAAGAUGGGCUUCUUUUGUUCACUGUGCUGUAUCACCUCAUACAAAGUGAAACAAUCUGGAACAAUAGGACCCAAGACAAAGUGCAGAUUUUGUAAGAAGAAUCUUCCAGAGCAGGUUUAUUACAACAUGACUGACCGAGUUGUGCAUCAGUUUUGCAGCCCCAACUGUUGGACUAAUUUUCAGCAAUCAAGUCCUGAAGGCAGCAUCCAACUUAGUUGCACCUAUUGUCACAAUAUUUUCAGUGGGAAACCAGAAAUACUGGACUGGCAGGGGAGUGUUCGUCAGUUUUGUUGCAAAGUAUGCUGUGAAGAUUACAAGAGACUACAUGGUGUUGUUUCGGUCUGUGAAUAUUGCAAACAGGAGAAGAUUCUGCAUGAGAAGAUUAAAUUUUCAGGAGUAGAGAAGAAUUUCUGUAGUGAAGGUUGUGUGCUUCUUUAUAAGCAGGACUUUACCAAAAACCUGGGCUUGUGCUGCAUCACGUGUGCUUACUGUUCCCAGACCUGUCAGAGGGGAGUGACCAAAGAGCUGGAUGGAAAUACAUGGGAUUUCUGUGGGGAGGAAUGCAAAAGCAAAUACCUACUGUGGUACUUCAAGGUAGCCAGAUGCCAUGCCUGCAAACGUCAGGGCAAGCUUCUGGAAACGGUACACUGGCGCGGGGAAAUUAAACACUUCUGCAACCAGCAGUGCCUCUUGCGCUUCUACAGUCAGCAAAACCAGCCCAAUCUAGCGACGCAGAAGGGACCUGAAAGUCUGCUUAACAAUGAGGCGCAGGAGUCUAAGAAUGCGACGUCUCCAACUCCCUCUCCGACUCCCUCUCCCACGAAAUUUGAACAGCACUCUGGUACCUCACCCAGUGGCCAUUCUUCACGUGCAAGCUUGGGCAGUGAAUGUGAGGGAGACAGCACAGCUCAACCUGAUUCUGUCGUCUCUUCAAUGACCACACAGGCAUCUGUACAGACUCGAUCGUCAAAACAACCACCGCCACCUCCACCUCCACCACCUUCACCACCAUCUCCACCUCCUGUGACACUGAAGAACAAGGCAAUACUGUGCAAACCCUUGACUCAAAAUAAGGGUAUCUCCUGUAAACCUGAAAUGAAGUCCAAAGGAUGUCAAACAGAAGAGGAAUGGAAGCCACAUUUGAUUGUGGUACCCAUCCCUGUGCCAGUCUUCAUACCAGUGCCUAUGCAUAUGUAUUGUCAAAAUACCCCAGUGCCUUUCUCUAUGCCAAUCCCGGUCCCUAUUCCGAUGUUCCUUCCUACCACUUUAGACAGUGCUGAUAAAAUAGUAGAGACGAUAGAGGAACUGAAAGUUAAAAUCCCUUCAAACCCAUUUGAAGCUGACAUACUCGCUAUGGCAGAGAUGAUAGCAGAAGCUGAGGAAAUGGAGAAAGCUUCAUCAGACCUUUGUGAUCUUGCUAGCAAUCAGAGUGCUGAUGGCCUCCUAGAAGACUGUGACUUAUUUGGACCUGCCAGAGAUGAUGUCUUGGCCAUGGCAGUUAAAAUGGCUAAUGUCUUGGAUGAACCAGGACAGGAUUUGGAAGCAGACUUUCCCAAAACUCCAUUGGAACUUAAUACGGGUGUUGAUUUCCUUUUUGACUGUGGGCUUGUAACAACAGAUGAGGAGCAACCAGAAUCUGAAAUACCACGGGCCGUAAGAAGGGGCCAAAAGCGGCUAAUGCUUUCAGAAAGCUGUUCUCAUGAUUCUCUUGCUAGCCAACAAUGUUGUACAGGAUUAAAUUACUCAUACGGGGUAAAUGCUUGGAAGUCUUGGGUCCAGGCUAAAUAUGCCAGUGGAGAUGGCAGUAAAAGUGAAGAGCUCAAGUUUGGACCUAAACCAAUGAGAAUUAAAGAAGAUAUUUUAUCCUGCAGUGCUGCAGAACUAAAUUAUGGUCUAGCCCAAUUUGUUAAGGAAGUACAGAGGCCAAAUGGAGAACGAUACGAGCCGGAUAGUGUGUACUAUUUAUGUCUUGGAAUUCAGCAGUUUUUGCUUGAAAAUAACAGAAUGGUGAACAUAUUCACUGACCUUUAUUACCUUACAUUUGUCCAAGAAUUAAAUAAAAUGUUACAAGGCUGGCAACCAAGUUUGCUUCCAAAUGGUUUAAUAUUCUCCCGGGUGGAAGAAGAGCAUCUCUGGGAAUGUAAACAACUGGGGGUAUAUUCGCCCUUUGUUUUACUAAAUACACUCAUGUUCUUUAACACAAAGUACUUUGGGUUGAAGUGUGUGGAAGAACACAUGCGGCUGUCCUUCACCAGUGUUGUUCGGCAAUCCAGGAAAUGCACAACACCAAGAGGGACCACAAAAGUGGUCAGCAUUCGCUAUUACAUGCCAGCUCAUUACAAAAAGGCAAGAGACCAAGGCAGCACUGUAGGAAAGAGGAAACGUGAGGAGGAAGUUGCUGUUUUUGAACAGAGGGAAAACAGAAUGAAUCCAUUAAGAUGCCCUGUGAAAUUUUAUGAGUUCUACCUCUCAAAAUGCCCUGAGAGUAUGAAGAGCAGGAAUGAUGUUUUCUACUUGCAGCCAGAGCGCUCUUGUGUGGCAGAAAGCCCUUUGUGGUACUCUGUUAUUCCCAUGGAUCGGAGUAUGUUGGAGAGCAUGCUGAACCGAAUCAUGGCUGUGAAAGAAAUCUAUGAUGACUAUUCGAAGGAUUCACUAGAAGAUGACGACGUUGAAGGAUGAUGUGUAGUAGAUGUUGUACAAAGUUCUGUAACUUUUUAUUUAGAAAAACAAUGGGUCAUUAUAGGCUGGCCUACUUGGUGCUGCGGAAAAAAAUUACUACACACGUACUUGCAGAGUCAUGUGGCCUGUUUGUGAGAGCAGAGAUGGUUAGACUAUCACCAUUGUUUGGAGACAGUAUCCCUUUUAGCUUGAGUGCACUUGCUGACAAUCGGGUGUACAUUACAUUCUCUAGAGACCAAAAAAAAUUGCUUUGAACCUAAAGCUCUUGCAGUCAAUAAGCAAGCAGCUUUGUACUUGCUCUAAAUGGAAAAGUUGACAUGGUUAGCAGUGUACAUGCUGAUGCAGUGGGAGAAUCCUUCAUUCAAUUGCAGUUCUUGGGAUUUUAACAUUGCUUUAAAAAAUGGUCCAGCAAAGUGGGAUCUCAUAUGCUGCCUUCUAGAACAUUCCACUUAUUGCCGCCAUUUUAUUUUUAGAUGAAGAAGAACACAAUAGCAGAAGCAUAGGGUAAUCUCAAGUCUGUGACUGAGUUUAACUGUUACUGGAAAUUAGUUUCACUGCUCAUCAGUAGAAGGAAGAUUUGAAGGCAAAUGGUAGAAGCAUAUGCUUCCAGAGUCAUAUGUCAAACUAACCCUUAUCUGGAAUAUCCUUGAAUUCAGCUUUUACAUUAAAAGUUUAUUUUCAACUGUCUCCCUGAGAAAAAUGCAGGAGGAAUGGACAAGGAGAAUUCUAACCAGAGUACAAGAUUAGUAUUUUUUAAACAUUCUUUUGUAAGUGAUUUGAAAGGUGAAACAACUACUGCCAGUAAAAGGCACAUGUUCCUAAAGGGGACUUUUUGUAGAACAGUUUGCUAGGUCUUAGCUCAAUUUAAAGAGUAAAUAAAUAUUUUGAGGAAACUUCUGCUGGAAAUGAAGACUGGAACUUGAGUAUAACAAAUUGUCCUUUCCUAUACUCUGUUGAAAUGUUUGCUGAUGUUUGAAAUUAUAAAAAUAUUUGAUUCUAUUUUGUGUAUUUUUAAUUAUAACCAAAAAAGGCUGUGAACAUUUAUAGUUAAUACCAUAAAUAAUAGCACAGUGGACUUUGCAAUAGAGGGUGAGAAAAAGUUUUUCAUGUGGAUAGUGUUUUGUUUCCUAUAAUUUUUGACUCCAGGUUUUUAAUUUCUGUUGAAAUAGUACUUUGUCAUUCCCGUGUGUCGUACAGUGGGAACAUUAACCUGUGCAAUAAUGUUUUCAUCACUUGAUCUGUAAGAUUGUCCAGCUAAAUCCUCUUAAGAAUGCAAAUAGCAAAUUAGAAUUUUGAAGUAAUACACUUUUUUAAAAAAAAUGUAAAAGGACUACAUCUUUUGCUAGUGACUAAUAGAUUGAGCUGUUUGCCUCUGGUUUGAUUUUUGUUGAGCAGGAAUACUUACUGUAUCAAUGUGCUACCAGGCCGGUCAGCUGACCUGUUAAGAAAUUCAGUAUUUGAAGGAACCCAGGAGGAAAGGGGAUCAAAAAAAAGGGGAUACUGUCUCUUGUGUGUUUUUCUGUAUUAUAUUAUCAAAUAAAGCUGUUUCAUUGAGUUA